CAGCUCCCAGUGUUGUUGUGAGAGGAGGGAUGUUGCACAUGGUUACUUUCUGACUGCCACAGAAACUACAGAUUUAUUUGUCUCACUUCGGACAGGAACAAGGUCAAGGACACUUACGUGAUGGACAAGUGGUCAGCGUUUUCAUGCUUUCUGCUGGCUAGAACGAAGCCGUGAUGGGUUGGAUGGAUACUAAACAGACCUGCAUGCUUUUUAAAAACACAAUACAUGCCACGACAUGGCCGGGAGUCAGAAUAACUACUGGGGACAACAUGACCUGAAUAGAGAGUGCUUUGGCCUCAGUGCUGAAAUGGAACAAAACCUGACGCAGCUUCAACAACAGCAAAUGGCCAAGGAGUUAAAUGGCAACAUCUCCCUCUCCCACUCGCCUUUCUACUCCGAUACGCACCGCCUUGCGUCUGAUAACAUACUGCGUCCCCAUGACGGAGACCAGGUGGUCCCUUCUUCCCAGAGACGGACAGUGUUUGGGGGCCACCAGAGAGAAGCCAAACCCCUUCCACCGCUGCCCGACCCCGAAGAGCUCAUGUCUGAUGAGGCGGCCGACAGUGAGGUGGAGUUUUUUACCAGUGACCGACGGCGUCUUUUGCCCAAAAGUUGCCCCAAGGCUAUUAGCACGAUGAUGAACAAAGACUUUGGGCAGGUGAAUCACGCCUACCAGGAGAGCUCCAGGGCUGGGUCAGGCUCCAUGGCUUUCUCCUGGCCCAGCAGAGAGGACAGACCAACAGGUAGAGGCAGUGGAUUUUGGUCCCUAGCUCUCCAGAGAGAAGACCAUCAGCAGGUAGUGUAUGCAGGCGCAGACACUCUGUGUAACAAACAGCAUGACCAAUAUCAAUCAUCGAGACUUCUGGUCUCCUGUUCUGGCCCUUCUUCCAGCACCACUGACCGGCCACAAAUCCCUCCUCGUAUCCCCAUCCGGCCAAAACCUUCUGCUCUCUCAAAGACUGCGAGUGCCAACGAGGAAGAUAAACCUCCCAAAAUACCUCCAAGGGUCCCCUUAGUCCCACCCUGCCCACCGCGCACCCCGAGUCCCAAGAGCCUUCCGAUUUAUAUUAAUGGUGUGAUGCCUGCCACACAGAGUUUUGCUGCUAACCCAAAAUAUGUGAGUAAAGCAUUACAGAGACAGCAAAGUGAAAGUGUGCCACCUGCAGCCCAGUUUUCUCCCUGCAUUGUGCCCAUUUUGAAGGAUGGCAGGCAGGCCAGCGCUACGCACUACAUCCUCCUGCCGCCCGGCCGCCCCCCGUACUCGGACAGGCGAGAGAGACUCCUGAGCGAACCGGUCCGGACAGGAAACAGCAGCCUCUGGCAGAACCGAUAGAAAGCUUCGCUUUUGUCACCGACUGAAACUUAAUGGGAAAAAACUGGCUCAUUAAUAACCAUGUGAUGUGAUGUUGUUUGAACAUCUACAUGCUACAUUCACACGUCUAAUGUCGUAUUGGUGUUAUUUUCAAUGACUACAACACUUUGAGGUUUUUGUCUGUUUUAAACUGAACAUUUUACCCAUCAGUAUUAUAGCAAAGUGAAAAACAUCAUAACAUUCCAGUAUUUUCACUAAUAGUGGAGACAUAUUUAUAUUACCAUUUUCAAUUGUGGGUUUCUGAGAUGCUGCAGUUUUUUCUUAGAUCUCAUUUUUUAUUCUGACAACUAUUUGCUCAGAUAACUAAAACUAUAAGAGAGAAAAUAGUUACUGUAUGUACAAGCUGGGCUUGUACUAAACCCUCACCCCAUGUUCAACCAUUUGUAUGACAAUGCUGCUUGAAGUCUUAGGUAUGAUGUAUGGAUGGAUUUAAUGUUUUGCUCAAUCAUUCUCACAUUAAGAUGUAUGGUAAAUGUAAUACAAUGAACAACAGUGAAAUAGUUCCCCUGAUACAACUCUUAACUGCUGCUUUUAAUUUAGUGCACAUGCCUCUUGCACGUUAUUUGUGCAAGUGCACUUAAUUUUUCCUACGCCGCUUUCGCAAUCAAUUUACACCCUACUAAAUCCUACCUGAAGAAUACUCAACAUGCUGAUUUAAGCAUCCACUCUUGAAUGAUAUUCUAUGCUAAUGUGCACAAAGUAGAAUUUAUUUAAAGGUACAAUUCUGUGAAGAAUCUGCAAAAUAUAAAAAAAGCAGUUCCACCACCAGAGUUCACGACUGAAACCUGCAACCACACUCAAAUCGAUUGACAGGCCCUUUAAUACAUAUGAAGAACAUGUUUGAGUUUUUUGUUUUCUGAAGCUGUUUUUUCAGGUUUUUCAUAAUUCAGUAAAAAAGUCUUAAUUUACAAUUAUGUUCAUGGUUUUAUUGUGUAUAUGCAUUUGGCGCAAACAAUGUAUAUACGGUCUGGUCUGUGUGUGAGGGCAUGAAAACCAUGUUACGUUUACACUGUUGGGGUUUACAGCCUCUGUUACGUCAACAGUUUGGAAGUUCUCAUGAAGGUUCUGUGUCAGAUUUAGCCCAAGCUAAGGCUGUAUGUAUGUUAAUGUGUUGUUUGUGUUGAAAGUAAAUCAUUGUAAAAUUGUGUUUUUAAUCUAUUUAUAGAAAUAAAAUA